AUGAGGCGACUGUUGUAUUUUGAGGGCGUUUUCCCUUGCUGCCUUGCCAUUCUCGUGGCGGGCGCCUUCCUGGAACCGAUUUCCUCCCAAGAACUGGGGCACAACCCUUCGAGGGACGGGCAACCCCAGACCUGCGACAGUCAAGAGCGGGCAGCUGGGUCGCUUGUGUCAAGCGUUGAUUUGACUCUCAGACCCGAUUCCGACAGCAUUUCGUUCAAGUGCAGUUCAACUUUAAAAGCUACGAGAACACCAGGAAAGGAGCAAGUGUUCGCAGAACCGGCGUGCUCGCUGCCUGUAACGCUGACGUCGUUGUUUACUGGUGCUACGUUAGCUGAAGACGAGAGUGAAGAGGGAAAGAAAACGUACACACUGACUAUCCCAAAUGACUCACGCAAAGCGACAGAGCAGGCACUGUACUACAAAUGCACCCUGGAGAAAGAACUGCACCACAAAAAUGGGAAUGCGGUGUCAGAAACGGAAGGACAAGUGUGCAAGGUCAAAAUUACCGUUGAGGCUGUCAAUAAAGAUGAGCCUGACCCGGAACAAAAUGGAGAACCACAAACGAGCAUCAUCGAAUGUAGCAAUACUACGUCUACCGAGGAGGCGAGCAUUUCCGCAGAAGCUCCGCUCUCAUUCAAAUGCGGAACGGGAAUGUCCCUGCACCCGACAAAUUUGACAGACGUGUUUGAUGACCAGGACGGGAAGUGCGCCGCUGAGGUUGGCCUGCAGACUCUCGUUGACGCCACAUUAACAAAAGCUGAAACUGAAGCUACACAGAACGGACAACCAGUGUACCAGCUUGCUGUGAAGACGGCGCCUUCUGAAGACACUGCCCUUUGCUACAAGUGUGUAACUACUUCCAGCAACCUAGAAACAAAGACCAACUCCGAAGAAUCGGCUGCGAAAGAAUGCCUUCUGAAAAUAUCUGUGAAGGGAAGCGCAUCGUCCGCGUUUUCGUCGACAUGGGGAGCCGCGAAGACAGCAAUCGCUUUCUUUGUGACAGUACCCCCGUUACUCGGCGUGGUUGACAUCUAG